UCUUCAACUCUUUACACAUCUCAAUAAUAUUGUCACUGUCAAUCUCUGCCUCGAUCACAUGGAGCAGAGGCAUUUUGUAUUGGUUCAUGGGGCUUGCCAUGGAGCAUGGACCUGGUACAAUAUCAAGCCGCUUGGUUGUGGCCAUGGAGAAGUUCCCUGCAAAGAUAGAAGCUUCUGUUUUCUUGACAGCCUUUGCUCCUGAUACCCACCACAACCCUUCUUAUGUCUUAGAUCAGUUCCUGGAGAGAGCUCCCAAGGGAUUUUGGCUGGACACCCAGUUUUCUUCUUAUGAAACCGCAGCAGCAGAUGAACCUUUAACUUCAUUUUUGUUUGGCCCCGAAUGCAUGGCCAAGAACCUCUAUCAGCUCUCCCCUUCCUUUUUUUUCCCAUUGUUCUCCUAAAUGGAUUUUGAUUGAUUUUUGAGUGGUUCACCACAAUCAAAAAAGCCUCUCCAAGUUUUCAAGUGUCUUCUUCAGGUAGCUCAAAACCACACUUAAAUGGGUGUUGCAUUUCGAUCUUCUUUCAAGUUUUAAUAAUA